AUGAAGCGGUUUCGUCUGCUGGCUUACUGUCCAGGUUAUCACGGAUUUAGCGGUGCAAGAAUUCCUUCUGUCUGCCUCCCCAUUGCCGCACCACAGAAUACUGGCUUAUGGACAGCCGGUACUGCUCUGCACUGUCGGCGAUCUUCCACACUGAAAACUCCUCCUCACUGGCUAGAAGACUGCUUCAAACCCCCAAAUAGCCAAGCGGCGGGGUCUCCGCGGGGAGGCACGGCCUGCAACGAUGAACGUACAAUCGCGCCUUCCGCGGAAAUUCAGGGGGAACAUGUCACAGAAGAAGAGUCUAAGUUACAGCAGAAGGCGAUACACCCGGACCACGGCAAUGCGGCAAGGUCCCUAAAACAUGAAGGGCUUGGGAAUGAGACCAUUUCUUCGCGGCAUCAUGCAGUAGUGAAGCAUCUACUUCGACUCAAAUCCCGCCGACGCUACCGGACGGCAUGCGGCGAAAUGGCCGUUCUGGGAAUCGACACGCUUCAUGGUAUUUGUGACGCACACAUGCAAACAAGCAUUUUCUGCUCUAAUUCAGAUGUGCCUCCUCCUCCUGAAGGCGCGGAUGGGGAGUCGACACCCUGGAGAGCAGAGCCAUCGCUGAUUUUGACAGAUAGCAUGUCCUUUGCCUCCACCGCUAGCCCCUCUGUAUUUGGAGCUGCAGAAAUACGGCUGGCAACGCAAUCCGUCAUGAAUGCCGUUCUAGAACGCAAUGAAGCAGCAUACGCUGCAGCAGGUCCGAAGUCUGAGGUCAAGAGACAGCGCAAAGGUGCAACAGCGGCACGAGAAGCGAAACAAGAGGAAACGGGUAGACCAUCCAGCACCCGAAGACUAAUCCAAGCGGCUGCUAUCUUAAAGAUGCCAAAACCGUGCAAAGAAUUCGGACGGCCCAGGUUCAUUUUAGCCUUGGAUAGGAUUCGCUAUGUCUUCAAUUUGGGCAUUCUUCUGCGCGCUGCUGCUCUGAUGGAAGUCGAUGUCUCAGGCUACAAGGGCCUUUGUUGCAUCUUAGGGAGUGAAUCACAUGGGCCAUCCGACUUCAUCAGAGAACACGCCCUCAAGGUGUCCUUCCCUAUGGCCGCAUACGUCGAGUCUCUGAAUGUGGCGAUCGCUGGAGGGCUGAUGCUUUCCUCUCUACGCCCCGUCCUCAGCCACCUAGGCAACGAAAAUCCAGCUUCGAUUGCCGUCCAUUCAGCGUGA